CGAUCCUGUGGGAAGAAAAGAGUUCAUACUGCGAGUGCUUUCACCUCUGCAACGUGCACAUCUUACUAUGGAAUGUCUACUGAUUUUUGUGAAUCUGAAAAUAAACAAUCAAAUUUACAGGAAAAGGAAUCCUAUUUUUUAAGAGAAAGACAGGUCAUAGACUAUAAUGAAGGACGAAAGUCGAAAAGGAUUUGUUUGGAUAAAACGGAAGCUGAUAGUCAUCACGUUCUCAAGGAUAUAGAUAUCAAUAUUGACGGAACAUCUUUUAGUGAAAAAUACAAUCAGAUGAAGGAUGAGUUAAAAUGGAAGCUUCAAUGCACAGGACGCGUAGUAGAAGAUGUUCUAUACGAGUCCAUAUCAAAUUUUACAUCUGAACAUUUGAUACAUUCUUUUACGAUUGAUGUUGAGGAUCCAAUAAUCAAAGGAAUGUUUUUUCCCGCAGAAUUAGAAGAAAUGGACUCAACAAAUGUUAAGGAAGAUCCAGAAUUGAGUACAGAAUUUUACAAGCAUCUCGCAAAAUAUUAUGACAAGACUAGUACGGGAGAAAUCAGAGAGAUCAUAAAAGAAGCUGACUUUGGUAGUUCCAGCUUUGAAAUUGAAACUCUUACAUAUUCUGUAUAUAGUUUAAUACGACAAUACGAACGUAUUCCAAGCGCGUUCUCAUUAGAACAUCAAGAGGCUUGGUACAAUGUUAAUGUAUGGGGACCGAUUAUCGACAGAACUUAUGAUGAUAUUGCAAAUGUUGACGUUAUUCGGGGGGAAUCAUCAAGCAUUGCGAGUUCGGAACGAAAAAAUCAAAAUCGCACUUUGGAUAUUCGAAAAGAAAUGGGCAGAAGAGGUGACGCAAUAAUCCGGAAAUGCUCAUCAGGAGUAAAACUGGAAUUUGGAGGUUCGGAAGCCGGUAAACAUUACGAAGGACAAAAUUCCACAAAAUGGCUCAGAGAGUCUGGAAUUAAACUUCCAAAAAUGAUGCGUGACAUGUUUGUCAGCUUGUGCAAUAAUACAAAUUGGGAUAUGGAAAAAAUGAACAAGAUGGAAACAAUUGGGUACAUCCAUGGAGGAUCGGUUUUAAUGAUUAUGACAUUAGAUCUUCCAGCAGGUUACAUAACACGUAUCACUAAGAGCGAACUUUAUUACAUACCAGAGGACAUUGGAUCUUUCAGUGAAGCAAUAAAAUUAAUUGCAGCGAUGCGAGUUGUUCGAACUAUGAGAUUAUUACACUGCAAUGAAAAAGAUGAUGAUGUUGUUAAUUUUUUGAAGAAUGCUUCCUCACUCAAAAAAAGGUAUCGCACUAACAACCAAACCAAUAAAAUUAGAAAAAUUCUUCCAAGCACUGAGAUGACACCAAAGAAAAGAUAA